CAUUCGGGAGCUUGGGUGCUCCCGAGUGUAGUAUCUGAACGCAGCCUUCAUAUGUUUGAUUUAAAGGGAAACCGCCGAAAUCCGUUUAAAUCCGUUAUCGAAACGAUUGAAACGUCAAUAAUUGUCGGGUGUCGUGUUUAAGUGUUUCUCGACGAGUAUCUGAUUUUAGACUGUAAACCACUUGCUAAAGAGCUAUCUCGAAAAUGAACAGAACGAAACUGAGAACUAGAACUAUAUUGCCAAGCAACUCAAAAAAUAUAGGAGUACAGACUGAAAAUUUUGAUAGUCUUAUAGAGAUUGCCAAGUUAGAAGAACAAGUAAAAGUAAUGCAACUUGAGAUUGAUGUCUUAAGAAAACAUAAGGGAACCUUGAAAAAGCCUGAUGUUCCCAAUCAUAAAAUUGUUCCUGUUACUUCACCAGCAGUGGUCAAACUUAAUGGUUGUGGCUGUAAAGGCAAUUGUUCAUCACGGAUUUGUGGUUGCGUAAAGAAGAGUAACAAGUGUAACUUGUCAUGUAAAUGUGACGAUAAAGCAUGUCAAAAUCAGAAAUUGGAUCAAAAUCAAGAAAAUAAAGAAAAUAUUAACGAAAUUGAUGUGACUCAUAAAAAUAAAAACAGGAAGAAAAACGAAACUACAGGAAAACUCAAUAGACAUCUGUUUAGUCCAGAUAUGGGAGAGCCCUCCAAAGUUUUCGAAGAAAUUGAAUUUAGUGGUAUUGAAUUUAGUUCUAAUGAGAAGAAUAUGUUUGGCAUAAACACACAAACAGAUUCACAUAGUAUCGACAAACUAAAUCUCAAGAAAAAAAAUAAGAAAGAAGAAAACAAUAAAGAACAGCAAGAAUCAACGGAUGUGCAGAUAACAUUUGAUCCAAUGAAACCGAGACAUCAAUUAUCACGAACACCACCAAAAAAGCUUGAGAAAUCAUUAGAGGUUACAAUUGAAUUCCAUUUUGAACCAACUCGAGAAGUAAUACCUUCCCAUACGUACCAAGAUAUGAAAGAAGAAAAUGUUAAUUGGAAAGAACAUACUGCACAAUUCCAUUCUGAACCAACUCGAGAACUAAUAUCUUCCCGUACAUACCAAGAUAUUAAAGAAGAAAAUGUUAAUUGGAAAGAACACACUGCACAAUUAAUUCCUUGCAAAAAAUGCAAAAGAACUUUCAUGCCCAAUCGAAUCCAAAAACAUGAAACUUGCUGUAAAGGAUAAAUAGUAAAGGAUUUAAAUAUUUAAAGGAUCUCUAAAUAUUUUUUAAAACAUUAAAGUUGUCUACUACU